CGCGACGCCCUAACCUUCCCCGCCUCCGACCGCGCAUUCCUCGAACCACACCUCCCCCCUCCCAGGCAAACCUCACCCACCACCGACCAUGCCCCCGCGACCCUCCCAUUCACAACCCUCACCUUCGCGACCUCGCUCGACUCCUCCCUCGCCCUGUCGCCGGGCACGCGCACCGUGCUCUCGGGCCUGCAAUCCAAGGCGAUGACGCACUACCUGCGCUCGCGCCACGACGCCAUCCUGGUGGGAGUGGGCACGGCGGUCGCCGACGACCCGGGCCUGAACUGCCGGCUCGCCGGCGGGGGCGGGUACGGCGCCGACGGGCUGGACGGCCAGCCGCGGCCCAUCAUCGUGGACCCCUCGGCGCGCUGGCGGAUCACCCCGCAGGCUAAGAUCGUGGAGAUGGUGCGGCGGGGACGGGGGCGGGCGCCGUGGGUGCUGAUCGCGGAGGGGACGGAGGUGGAGGCGGAGCAGCGAGGGGUGUUGGAGGGGGUUGGGGGGAGGUUUAUUUCGCUUCCUUGGGGGGUUACAACAAAGGAUUUUGGGGGGGAUGAGGAGGAGGGGGAGGGGGUAAGAAAGGGUAGGAGGGAGUUCGAUUGGAGGCAGGUGCUGGAGUAUCUGCGGCGGGAGGAAGGGGUGCGCAGUGUUAUGAUCGAGGGCGGGGCGGCGGUGAUUAAUUCGUUGCUGGAGCCGAGGUACCAGGGUCUGGUCAGCUCGGUGAUUGUGACGAUUGCGCCGACGUGGUUGGGGAGGGGCGGGGUGGUGGUGAGUCCGCCAAGGAGGGUGGGGGACGGUGGGGUGGCUGUGCCGGCGUCGCGGUUGACGGGGGUCAAGUGGUAUCCUUUUGGGGAGGAUGUGGUGCUUUGUGGGAGGAUU